AUGAGUCAACUCCUCACCGCUCGGCAGGCGGAAGAACUGCACAAAUCUAUGGUCGCCUACCUCAUUUCUGUGGGCAUGAACGACAGUGCUGUAGCCCUGCGACGAGAAUCCAGCCUACCAGAGUCAUUUGACGAUGCUACUGCAAAAAAGUACGAGACUCUACUCGAGAAGAAAUGGACUUCAGUGGUGCGUCUGCAGAAAAAGAUCAUGGACCUAGAGGCAAGGAAUGCCGCUCUCCAGCAAGAGAUUGAUACCGCGACUCCUCUUUCAUCCAACCGCAAGGUCGACCCAAUGACCUGGUUGCCUCGGAGUCCUGCGAGACACAUCCUGCAAGGACAUCGAUUACCGGUCACUUCCGUUGCGUUCCACCCUGUCUUCUCGUCGCUGGCUUCUGCCUCGGAAGACUCGACAAUCAAGAUCUGGGACUGGGAAUUAGGAGAGCUGGAGCGGACGCUUAAAGGCCACACUAAAGCAGUCUUAGAUGUUGACUUUGGCGGUCCUAGAGGGGGAACACUGCUUGCAAGUUGUAGCAGCGACCUAACAAUCAGACUUUGGGACCCCAGUGAUGAGUAUAAGAACAUUCGGACCUUACCUGGACAUGAUCAUUCGAUCUCCUGUAUCCGCUUUAUCCCUUCGGGCGCCGCGGGCGCACCUCUCUCUGGUAACACCUUGGUGUCUGCGUCGAGAGACAAGACUCUCCGAAUAUGGGACGUAACGACCGGUUACUGCUUAAGGACGUUAAAAGGACACACGGACUGGGUCAGGGCAGUGACGCCUUCGAUCGAUGGCAGGUUUUUACUUAGUGCAGGCAAUGACCAAAUACCACGACUUUGGGAUGCGAGCUCGGGCGAGGUGAAGAUCACCUUUCUUGGGCAUGAGCACGUGGUAGAGUGCGUGGCAUUUGCUCCGAGUACCUCGUAUGUGCAUCUGAGUGGCAUCGCUGGCUACAAAAAGCCUCCUCCUGUGAGCAGCAGUGGAGAAUUUCUGGCAACUGGAGGCCGAGACAAGAUCAUAAAAAUCUGGGACAACAGGGGUACAUGCCACAAGACUCUUGUAGGCCAUGACAACUGGGUGCGAGGACUUGUCUUUCAUCCUGGUGGACGGUACUUGAUUUCAAUCUCGGAUGACAAGACCAUUCGUUGUUGGGAUCUGUCACAGGAGUGUAAAUGCGUGAAGGUGGUGGACGAGGCACAUCAACACUUCAUCAGCAGCAUCAGAUGGGCUCCAGAUGUUCCAGGACAGCCUGUGACGAACGGAGACAGCAACGGCGCGUUGACGAUCACAAAGAAGGAGGAUGGUGUCGGAGGAGGAAAAAUCCGUUGUGUUAUUGCAACCGCCAGCGUAGACUUGAAUGUUCGUGUCUUUGCUGGCUAG